GCAAUUGCCCUUCUUCUUUAUUUUUAAUUAAUGUAUUUUCUCUUGAAAAACUAUAUAAUAUAAAAAUUUCAUUUUUGAUUCUGAUAUCUAUGCAAAUACAGUACCAAAUAACCAUAACAAUACAAUACAAUACUGGCCCCUCUCUCUCAGUAUUGCCUUUAGCCCUAAAAAGAGGCCACUCAUAUCCUCCUCUUCAUAAACCCACCUCUGCACCCUGCAGUCUUUUCAAACAUACAUUGGUUUAAUCAGUCACCAUAUUGGUUUUUUGUUUCUUUUGCAGUUUCCCACAUAAAAAAAAGAUCCAUUCUUGGUUAAAUUUUGUUCUUUGACACUGAAAAUCUCUUCUUUUUCUUGUUUGAUCAUCUAUAUAUGAACACACAUUAAACCCAGUACAGAAAGAAAGAAAAUUUUGUUUGUUAUUAAUGGCGCCAAGUUUUGACUGUGCUGUUGCAAGUCUAUUAUGUGCAGAGGAUAAUAUUAGUAUUUUUAGUGAAAAUGAUAAAGGCAAUGAUUGCUGUUAUGGUGUUCUUGGUGAGUUUGAGGAUGCUACAUGGAAUCAAUUGAGUAAUCAAGAUAGAGGCUUUGAUGAUGGGUUUUUGAUGGGGAUUCCAACACAGAGUGAAGAAUGUUUGAAUCUGAUGGUUGAGAAAGAGUGUGAGCAUUUGCCUAAUCUGGAUUACUUAAAGAAGCUGAGAAGUGGGGACUUAGAUUUGGAGGCUAGAAGUCAGGCUGUUGAUUGGAUUGGAAAGGUUCAUGCCCAAUUUGGUUUUGGACCACUUUGUGCAUAUUUAUCAUUAAAUUACUUGGAUAGAUUUCUUGCCGCGUAUGAAUUACCUAUGGGUAAAGCUUGGAUGAUGCAGCUAUUAGCAGUAGCAUGUUUAUCUAUUGCGGCCAAAAUGGAAGAGACUUAUGUUCCAUUCUCUCUAGAUUUACAGGCGGCGGAAUCAAAGUUUAUAUUUGAAGCAAGAACUAUACAAAGAAUGGAGCUUCUUGUAUUAAGCACAUUAAGUUGGAGAAUGCAAGCAAUUACACCUUUCUCAUUCAUAGACUAUUUCCUUAAGAAGAUCUAUAAUGAUGAAACCCCCACAAAAUCUUUAAUCUUGCAAUCAAUCGAGCUCAUAUUAAGCACAAGUAAAGGGAUUGACUUGUUGGACUUCAGGCCUUCAGAGAUCGCAGCAGCAGUGGCCAUAGCAGUUGUUGGGGAAAUCAAAACAGUGGAUGCUGAGCAAGCAAUUUCUAUUCUAGCUCAACAUGUACAAAAGGAAAAAGUGAUGAAAUGUAUUGAAGUAAUUCAAGAUUUAGCAUUGAUUGGUGAGCAUAAUAAGGGUGUAAAUGAGACAAUCCUAUCUUUUCCACAAAGUCCAAUUGGUGUUCUUGAUGCUGCAUGCUUGAGCUAUAGAAGUGAUGAAUCAACUGGUGGGUCAUGUGUAAAUUCUUCACAAAAUAUUCCUGAUGCCAAAAGAAGGAAGUUAAAUAGACCAUGGGAAGUUUAGUAGCAGCAUAUAAUGCAACAUCAAAUUUUACAACACAACCUUAUUAUAAGUUUUUCAUGAAAACAUAUCAAGCUUUAUGAAAGUACUGCCAAUGAAAAUACAUGGGAACUGAAGGCAGAAAAAGAAAGGGCAUGAAAAGAGUGAAAAUGCAGGAUUGGAUUAAGUUUAAGACAAAUUAACAAGUUGCAGGACUCAUAAUGGUGGUGGCGGCGGCGGUGGGGGAAGGGGGAGUUUCAUUACUUGCCAUGAAAAUAAUAGUCAAAGCUGUUAAAUUAAUAUUUGAGUUCUUUACAGCUACAGAACCGGUAAUAGAGUUGAGGAAAAAAUAUUUGUUACAAUUUUAAUUUUUGGUGUGCCAUAUACUCUGUUUCUAGGGGUUUGAACAUUUUUUAGUUGAAAGAAAUAUAUAAAAAAUAUACAAGAGAAAUGACUAAAAAUUUAAAAUAUUUUAUUCAA